GAGAGGCCGAAGGGAGUGGGGCUGACUGAGCUAACCUUCGCGCUCGCCUCUGAGUGCGGGUUAUUACGGUGUUUUUAAACCUGAGACAGCAUGGCAGUGUUAUGAGUAAAAGUUUCUAGAUGACUUAUUGAUGAGUUUAUAGUACUUCGACCGACUUAGCCAGUUCGCUAAGUGGAAAUGCUGAAGGACCAGGCGUCUUUUCCAGGCGUGGAGUAUUAUUAGCAGGUCAGACGCUGCAACUGUCUCUUCGACAUGGCCAGGAUUUACUCGACUGGAUUCUAACGAGGGAAGAUCCGGUUUCAUAUUUGUAAGAUCAUAACUCCACUCUCCAUGUGUGCCGACUUAUCUUUGAACCCACUCACUCUAAUGCAGCUUAGCUAUGCCUCAUCCUGUCAAACGAUCAAAGAGAGUGAAUCCCACAAUUAAACAAAAUAUUAGAAAGUUGAAGUCAGUUACCGAUAAAAGGCGAGCAGGGAACUCAAACAAUCUCAGAGGGCCAAAAACACGCAAACAGCCUCCAGGAUCCAGAAAGCCCAAAGCAAAGAAACAAGCAACCAGGGUGGUCCAGGAGAGUGCCGUUAGUAAGGCCACAAAUAAAACGGUCCCAGGAAGAGCAAGCAGGACCAAUAGUACAUUUAGCAUCACUGGAUCUAUCAGGUGUACGCGUAGCUCUCAGACCCAGCAUGGCCUGUUUGCAGACCUCGCUGGCAGGAGGAGGUCCCUUCGAGGAAGUCAGUUGUCCCAGAUUGUCCUGCAGGAAGUGAAGUCUCCCGGGAGGGUGGUCACAAAAAAGACCAACAAAGGCCAGGACACCAGGGGACAAGAUACUAUGAAAAACACAAAACCUUCUGACCCCAAAAGUGAUGACCAACAAACAACGGUACUUGUUCCUAACAGGGGGAAUACACCAUUUAACCCAGGCACUAAAGAAACAAUUGUGGAGGGGGACAGAGAAUCACUUGUUCUCAAUGCUGCUAAGGUGCAGGAUGAGGCGACAGUGGUCACCUGUGAAACAGUAGAAAGUGAAAACAAGCCUGGGCCCAUUCAAAACACAGACAAACCAAGCACUGAGUUCAACGAUUUGCUUUUGGAAGCGUGUGACUCAUCCGUUAAGGUGGACUUUGUUUGUGCACUUAAUACCUCAGACCUGACAGUAUCCACGCUUUCUCAAUCACAUGAUCUUGAUGCUCAGAUAACUCCACAGGACUCUCUUCGGCCAGAUGUUUUUGUUGUGCCUCCUGUAAAUGAAUUUCUUAAAGAAUCAGCAGCACUUCAGCACACUGCAGAUCCUACCUUUGCGGCGGACAGAGAGCAUCAGUGCACCUUAGACCUGGAAACCAAAGAUCUGAAAGAAGUUGAUCUGAAAACCAAAGAUGCAAAUGACAGUGCGGAUGAGCUGUACAACAAAAAUGAAGGAGCAUUGUCACUCCUCUCACUGUGCGCAGGUUUUUACUGCAGCACUCUCCCUGGCCUGGAUUGUGAGUCUCAAACGACAUAUUUCUCGAAUAAACUGUUGAGCAGCUCAGAGAGCACCCAGUCCUCUUUUGACACAGAGUCAGAGGCAGGAGGUUCAGGACUGGGUCCAGAAUCUGAGGCAGUAGGUGCUUCUUCACUCCUGGAGGGAGAGUUAUAUCAGAGUUUACCGCAGGUUAAGGAGAGAAGAGAGAGAAAGAAGAGGAGGAGAUGUGGAGCAUGUGUGCCUUGUCUUCGCAGGGUCAACUGUGGACAGUGCAGCUGCUGCUUAAACCGAAAGACUGGCCAUCAGAUCUGUAAACUCAGGAAAUGUGUGGAGCUAAAGAAAAGGCCCUCUUCGAUCCCUGCUGAAGAGGUGAGGUGCAAAGAUCUUUCCGAACCACAGAAAAAGAAUCAAGUCUCCAAGGUUGAGUCACAGGGCAUCUCAGUAAAUGGCAAUAGUUCAGAGCAGAUGGAGGAGGACGUGCCAGAGGAUGAGGCAUGUGACGUAUCUCAAGAACACUCUGCUCCACCUGACUCGCCCACGCCUCUCCAGCACAGCCCUGCACCAAUACCAGCUGAGAGCGAGCUUCGGCCUGCUGUCAGCUACCAUGCACUUCCUACUCACCACGAAUCUUACUCUGGUGCUAAACAUGUAAAACCAAACACUGAGAAACAUACAGAUACCACCAAACCACAGGAACCUAAAAGGACUUUGAACAUGCUCACCAGCUGUCAACCACCUGAUGAACUUCUUAAAAAGAUUAAAAUGGAAGAGCCAAACAUGAUGGUAAAUGAACAGAUUACAUCUCACUUAGGGAGUAGUGUCUACUUUGAAGAUGCUUUGUCGACUCUGGCUACUGUAGUAUGUUCCUCCAUUACCGAUAGGAAGGCUUUGGAGGAGAAGCUAUUUGGUCCACAGACCUCAAAUAACUGUUCUUUUAAAAGUGAAAACGAAGAACCAUAUCAGGGUCAUAAACACCAAGAACAGAAUUUUAACAAUCAAAAGGUUGAUAAUAAUCCUCAUUUAAAAGACUCAGUUGGUAUGUCUUUUCCUAAUAUUCAAUCUUUAGUUGAGCAUAGAAGCAUAAGCAUUGAGCAGGCCAUAGCUAUUGAGGCCUUAACCCAGUUGGGAGCUACCCCAGAAGCAGAGUCCUUUAAAAUAGAUCAUCAAGGUCAAAACCCUGAAAAUCAAAGCACAUUGUCUACAAAUUUUGCAUCAAGUAAGCCUAUAUCUAUUCAAGAAGGUAAAUCAAUAUCAGAGGUUGUUUCCAAUAAAGUCCCAGUAAUUAGUUCAGCGUUGCAUCAGACAUCUGUGAUUUGCAGUCCAUAUAACAGACAAGAAAAUUCCAUUCAUCGCAACACACCUGCCCCGAGGAAACUCUCUUUACAUGACCUCUUAAACGCUAGCUCAGAAUGUGAAAAAAUCUUGCACACCCAAGAGAAUGGAAGAUUAAGUCAAGCACUUUGUAAAACAGAGAGGAUAGAUGGCACUUUUAAAAAGAUCAAACAUGUUGAUAGAACAUAUAGCUCAAGAAGAAGGGAUGAGGAGGAGGUUGCUGCCCAGUUGUUGCAACUUGCAUUCAUGAUUGAAUCACAACACAAGCCAAUAUCUUCUGAAAACAGUCCACCCAAGGGAAUGCCAGUUCAGACCAUAAAAUACAAUCAUCAUGCAAUUGGACAGCAUAUAAAAAGGCAAAGCAAAACAAAAACCACCUCCCCAAGUCCAAGGAUAUCAAGAAAGAGAGCCACUGAGAUUGAGAGAGGCAAUCACAGGAUACCACUAGCCAAGAGAUCCCCCAAUGGCAAAGCACUUCUUAAGAUGAAGGGAAAAAGGGAGGCCUUACAGCAAAAGGCAAAAUUGCACUCCAAAAGAAAUCCAUUUCUGCCCCAGACUCAGAUAGACUUAAAUAAAUACCUAGGACAUGCUAAUAAUGAAAAUAGGCGACUUUUCCAUUUCAGCAACUCCCACAAGAGAGAGCACUUAGACCUACAGGCUCUCAUGAGCGCUGGGAACCAGAACACUCAGCAUUUAAAAACGGACCAUGCAGCUAUGGGUUACUGCCAAGGCAACCAGUGUCAACCAAAUGGACAUUGUCAUAGUCUCACAAAUGGUCACUUAGGUGCUACGCAAGGCCAGAGGCACGAAUGUGAAGAGCAUUUUAUUUCUCAGGUAUCGAAAACCCACAGUAUGCUGAAUAAUGGUGCUAAAUCCCAAGCCCCCUGUGCCAUGCCUAAUGUUCAAAGGCUAGACCCAUCAGUGAGUCCAGGGAGGCAACCUACAGUAAACAUGCUCAACUAUGAGCCGCAACAGACUUCCGUUGGACAGAACGGGUAUUACAAAGUAGAGACAUCCAGCUCUAUGACGGUGCUGUCUGUGUCAGCUCAACAUAUGGAAAAUGGUGAUGUGGAAUGUCCCGAAGAGCACACUCCUACCAAGCAAACACUCAACAGCUUUUUGGAAUCUCCAUUAAAGUUCCUCAGCACCCCAGCCAAAAAUCUGAUCAAAACUCCCUCAAAAAGAACAAUGGACCUCCCCUCCUGUGACUGUAUGGAGCAAAUCAUUGAGAAGGAGGAGGGCCCAUUUUACACGCACCUUGGAUCUGGGCCAACAGUAGCAGCAGUACGGGAGAUGAUGGAGAACAGAUAUGGGGAGAAAGGCAAAGCUGUACGCAUGGAAGUGGUUGUAUAUACAGGAAGAGAAGGGCGGAGUUCACAGGGUUGUCCAAUAGCCAAGUGGGUUAUCCGUCGGGGUAGUGAAGAGGAGAAGCUGCUGUGUCUGGUGCGUCAGCGUGUGGGUCACUGCUGCCAGAAUGCAGUGGUGGUCAUCCUCAUUCUAGCUUGGGAGGGCAUCCCACGCAGCUUGGCUGACAAACUGUACAAGGAUCUAACCAACACUCUUUACAAAUACGGAUCGCCCACCUGCCGCCGCUGCGGCCUCAAUGAAGAUCGUACCUGUGCUUGUCAGGGUCUGGACCCAGAGACCUCUGGAGCCUCAUUUUCUUUUGGCUGCUCAUGGAGCAUGUACUUCAAUGGUUGCAAGUUUGCACGCAGUAAAGUGCCUCGAAAGUUCCGGCUGCAGGGUGACUACCCUGAGGAGGAGGAGAAGCUUGAAAGCAAUUUGCAGAAUUUGGCAGCAGGUGUGGCUCCUGUAUAUAAGAGACUUGCACCUGAGUCUUAUCAAAACCAGGUCAGGGAGGAAGCACAGGGCCAAGACUGUCGUCUGGGCAUAGGAGAGGGUCGCCCAUUCUCUGGUGUGACGGCAUGUGUGGAUUUUUGUGCUCAUGCUCACAGGGACACACACAAUAUGAUCAAUGGGAGUACUGUGGUGUGCACUUUAACUAAAGAAGAUAACCGUGCAGUGAGAAACAUUCCAGAGGAUGAGCAGCUUCAUGUCCUGCCUCUCUAUAAGAUCUCAGAGACUGAUGAGUUUGGGCAGGUGGAGGGACAGACAGCGAAGAUUGAGACUGGAGCCCUGCAGGUGCUUUCUUCCUUUCCUCGAGAAGUACGUAUGUUGCCUGAGCCUGUCAAGUCUGCCCACAAGAGAAGAAUGGAGGCCAAAAGGGAGCGAGAGAAGCUGCGCAACCAGGAAAAAAAACAGGUCACCCCAGCAAAAAUGAAGAAUGAGCCUCUCAAAGGUUUUAAAAGCACUUCACCAUGUGUUAAAAUGGAAGCUCAGAAUUACUGUCCACCAACGGUAUUGCCUCCAGACAUGGAGACACGCUUCUUACAUUUAAUAAAUUCAUCGAACAAUUAUAGCAACACAAACAGUACUCCACAAGUGAGCCCUGGUGAACACACUGCAGCACUUUCUCCCUACUCUCACUGCAACCUGCCUGUCCUUCCCCAGUUUGCAGAACAAAAGCCUUUCAUAAACCAGCAGGAUACACAUUGCUCCUUACAAACCAACUCCCCAGGUUUCAGUAACUAUCAUUUCUCAGUAAAAACAGAACCCAAGGAGGCACAGUGCUUCCAGGGAGGAGCUUCUCCGAGACUUCUUUCCCCAGCCCAGGCCGAAGGUCUUCACACCAGAGUGAACCAAGCACAACCAAGUCUGGACAACAACUACCACCAUGGACCACCCCCAACCCUGCGACCCCUGACUCCGGAAGAGGUUAAAGCUGAGGAGGUUUGGUCAGAUAGCGAACACAACUUCCUGGAUGGGGAUAUCGGUGGGGUCGCAGUGGCACCGUCUCAUGGCUCCAUCCUCAUUGAGUGCGCGCGGCAUGAGCUUCACGCAACCACUCCCAUCUUGCGGCCUAACCGCAGCCACCCCACCCGCAUCGCUCUCGUCUUUUAUCAGCACAAGAGCCUCAAUGCACCAGGCCAUGGUUGGCUCCAGUGGGAGGCCAAGAUGGCUGAAAAGGCCAGGGAGAGAGAGGAAGAGGCUGAGAGGCUGGAAUCUGAGGCUGUAAAUGGGGGAAGAUCAAAGGCACUUAAGAGAGAAUCGGAAAGUGAAGAGGAUGAUGCAUGGCAAGAUGUUAGGGAGGAGCUAAAGGUCCCUACUCGGCAAUCAUUAACAGCUACUCGGGAGAAAAUCAUCACAACAUCCCCAUAUGCUCUUACUCAUGUCACUGGGCCUUAUAACCGCUGGACGUGACCGUGGCCAUGCCACUUUUAGCUAAUGCCUUACCUCAGUCAGAUAUCUCUGUUUUUAACACAUGCUUUUUUACUUUUCGCUCUACAUCUCAGCUUUUUGAUGAUGCUGACUACAUUUGUCAGUUUUUAACUGUGAGAUUUGGUGUCUAUGUUUUUUUUCUUUCUUUCUUAAGAGAUGGUGCUCAAAACAGAUGUUUUAAAAGCUGGUUUUAUAAAAGGAGAUGGAAUUAGUGCAUAGAAGAUGUGACUAUUUAUUCUGAAUGGUGUUUGUUUGUUUGUUUGUUUUGGCAACAAUUUAUAUUUAAUUUCUGGUCCAAGCCUGUUUACUGCAAUAUUACAGUGUCAACCUGAAAAUCAUGUGUGUAGUAAACACUUGAGAAUUGGCAUUGUAAAAUGUGAAUUCUAUUGUUUAGUUUUUUUUGUUUUAGCUUGGGUGCUCUUGUCUAAAAUUCAAUAGUUGCUGUUUUAUGGUGCCAUUGUAGCAGUAACUUUGAAUAACCACAAAAUUACUUACAUUACUAUUUUAAAGUAUUGUGACACAGUUGGUUGUUGGAUAGAUUUGAACAUGUAGCAUUGGUUUUUAUCCUGUAAUGAAGGUACAUAGAUGCUGAAUUAUUCCCAUUACACAUUGCAUAGUUUGAAAAAAAAAAAAAACGCACUUUGAGACAACUUGACUUUUGAAAUGUCCUGUAUGCACAGUUUUUGUUUAUAAGUGACCUCCUCCAUCCAGUAUCUGUAUAUUUGCUUUUCAAGUUGGUUUGGAACCCAUUCAGGAUUUCUUUUGGAAAACAUGCUCAUGAAAGCAAUAAUCAUGGAAGGUUAUAUGCUGCAUUUUGAUAAUGUGUGAAAUCUAAACCAUUUUUAUUACUGGAAUUUGCAUUAAAUAAAAUAUUACUAGUUUCCCGAUUGUUUAGGUUUUUCAGCUUACAGAGAGUUUGAAACAAGACUUGAAACAGCAUUUUAUAGAAUCUGACAUACUAUUUUGUCACAUAUAUGUGCUAAAAUGCAUUUAUAGGUUUACUGUAUGUUUCUCCAUGGUGCUUUUUUUUCGAAAACCUACUAUAUAUCCAAUUGAUAGUAGAUCAUUUUAUUUUAUUUUUAAUUUAUGGCAUUUUUAUUUGAAAUAAAUCUUGCCAUGUUUUACAACUUGGAUUCUUUUAAAAUGUCUGAACAUUAGGUGUUUUUUUGUUUGUUUGUUUGUUUUAACCAGAAUAUUAGGCAUUGUUAUUGCAAUUUAGGGACUGCUAGGGUUUUUCCUUAAGGUGCUUAAAGUUUACUGUGUAAAUGUAGUAUAUUAUGAUGCAUUCCCAGAACUUUUAUAUUGACACCAUUUAUGUAUAGGAAAAAAAAAAUUUCUUCAUGCCAGCUUUGUCAAAUCACCUUUUAUAGUUUUUUCCUUACUACAAAAGCUGAGAAAGUUCUUAGAGAAAUUCAAUAGGAUCGUCUGAAGACACAAAGUGGCAUGGAUAUAUUCAUUCUAGUGUACACACUUCCAAUUAAAGCUACUUUUGAUGAACAAAGAAAGUGUUGCAUUUG